CUUGAUGAUUGCCCAGGGACUGUAUUAGUAGUGAGCUCUUUCGUCUUCGAAGCGAGUAGGCGGCAGGGGUGGCUCAUUCCUAUGUGCUGUAGUCUCUGCGGCAUACCUGCCGAGGGCCCCUGGACCCAUGGUGUCUGGCAACCUGACAAUCGCUCAAGGAACGCGACUGUCGGCGGCGAACAUUGAAACAGGAUGCGUGCCAUCUCCUGUGCUGUCGUUGUCCCUGCGCUGCCGUUCAUCACAGCACGCCACGCAUCCGCGGAUCACCCGCUCUCACCCAUACCGCUGCUCCCAGGGCCUCCUCUGGGGUGCGUUCUGACCAGGACUCCGAGGCGAAUCCAGCCGUGGCGACGAGGGCUGGGGAGCGGCAUCGGUGUCUCUUCCUCCCCCGGCGCUCGGUGUCCCUCCGAAGGCCGCCGUGGACGACCCGCGCAGCUUCCGGGAGUACCUGUUCGGGAUGGUCGGGGCGGAGGUCCCCGCCCCCGGGAUGCACGGCGCCACGCCCGACGUGCCGCUCGUGUGCCCUCCGACGCCAUCGCGCCAGGUGCUGCGCAAACGGCUAAACGAGAGCUUGGGCCCGGACGACAGCGCGCUGAUCCGGGAGGAGCUCGACGACGCGGAGCGGGCUCGCCACGCCGGCCACGGCGCGCCGCCCGACGUGGGCUCCGGCGCCCGCGCGGACGUGCGGAAGGCGUACCUCCAGCUGGCCAAGCAUUAUCACCCCGACAAGGGCGGCGAUCAGGACAUGUUCCUCGCGAUCCACUCCGCGUACGAGGUCCUGAACCGCACCGAGUCUACGGCAAGCGCAGACUCGGCCCUGGCCCGGUCGCGGUGACCCCAAUUGGCUGGCGCGGAGUCUGCCCGCGCUCGCUCAGCCAGACAAAAUUCGGCGGGGCCGUGCGGGUCGCCGUCGCCGUCGUCUGGGGAUCAGGGUUCGCUCGCCGUUCGUUUUGGAUGGUUUUUCGGCCCCUUAUGCCGUUUCGCC